GACACUAAUCAAAUAAUCAUGUACAAAUGAAGAGAAGACACAUCUUAGGCAUCAGAAACAAAGACAUGCAAGGAAAAAUCAAAAUAAAAGAAUGUUCGGAAGUACAAAUAAUUAUGCAGACAUCAAAGAUGUGGUACAACUACAACUGGCACACGCAGCGAUGGGAAACCUCCAGAUGGGAUGGAAAAAUCGUUGCCAGGAGAGUUGUGCAACCUAUCAGUGCAACCUCAAAAUUGAGCCUACUUUGUAAUACAAAGCUCAAACAAAAUCCAGCACACAACUAAAGACAUCUGCAACAACUAAGGAGUUUUCCAGAUUCAGUUUAAUCGAAUCAAUGCAUAAAAGUUAAAUCGAAUCAAGAAGAACUAAUCAUGUCCCUUAUUUCAAUAGAUGAAACCACAUUUUUUCAAAAAGCAUGGAAACUAACGCACCUGUGGAAUGGUUCUCUCCACCGGCGACUGGAGCUUCUCAGAGGCCUGAUAAACCUUCGCUGCUGUUGAUGAGAGGAAAGAAAAUAUAAAUGUGAGAUGCUGGCAAAAUCUUGAGAAUCAACUCUUGGGGAUGAGAAUAAUGUCGGUCAGGCAGAUAGGAGGACAGCCAAACCCGACCAUGCAAUGAACCAGUGUCUGAUUGAUGUCUUCGCCGGGAACGGAACAGAGGCGCCGAAGGGAAGAGGAAGCGGAAACGUUUUCGUGAUCCUUUUUGGUUUUGGUUUUUUUUUUAUGCAAACAUUUUUGUGUUUGAUAGACUGUAUUUCUAUGGUUUAAGUGAAUGUGUGUUCUGGCCGGCCAAACCCAACUAAUGGGCCUCUAUCAACAGCCCAAACUUACAACUAGCCGGCCAACGGGAGAACGCGCCUGCUGCACUGUUGGGCCUCUUCGGUGGUAGUAAUGUUGGUUGUUUCUGAUCUCAAGCCCUCAACUGCAAAAAGAGUUCUUCAAUUCUUCUACUCGUCGGGCCCUAAUUAGACAGAACUCUUGGCCAACUUCGAUGGAAUGGGCCACGAGAAAGUCCAAUUAUGGUUUGGUGUUUCCCAAUGGACACCGCUACUAUUAUAUAGGUAAGUGAAUGUGUGUUCUUAUCCAUUUGUCGAUGUGGUAGAAAUAGUGAAUAAUCUUCUUCCAUGUCCAUCCAAUUAGCUUCUUGUCUCCUUUUCCUUCGAAUUGGUCCUUGCAGGUUGUGAAAGGGUUUCUCUUUCCUGCCAGUUUAGUGUACGGUAUCAUCCUUUUGGGGUUGGAAUUAACGGAGAAGUACUCUUUAGCUAAUCAUCAAUUAUGUCGUCAAUCUGCAGCAUCAAAUUAGAGAGUUGUUGUCGAUCUUACUGGUCCUACGAUAUAGGAUGUGGGUCUGACAAAAGAGUAAUCACUUACCUUCGACCUUUUUUUAUAGUUUACUAAGUCAUGGUCUCAUGGAGAAUGAUUUUACAUGGAUUGGGUAAGUGAUAUUGGCUGAAGAUUUUAACUAAUAAGAAGGCCUUCGCUAUUCUUAUCAGCUCAAGUGCCAUUCUUAUAGGUUGUGUUCUACGCCUUUAUAUAUGGUGCCCAAUUAGACAUUUACAAAAAAAUUACAACCUCUGAGGCAAUAAAAUAUGGACAUAGAAUUAUAUAAUUGAUAAUUGAACCCUAAACCUUGAACCCUAAACCCUAUACCCUGAACCCUAAACCCUAUACCCUAAACCCUGAACCCUGAACACUGCACCCUAUACCCUGAACCCUAAACCUUGAACCCUGAACCCUAAACCCUGAACCCUGCACCAUAUACCCUGAACCUUAAACCCUAGACCCUGAACCCUAAACCCUGAACCUUAAACCCUAAACCCUAAACCCUGCACCCUGCACCAUAAACCCUGAACCCUAAACCCUGAACCAUAAACCCUAAAUCCUGGACCCUAAACCCUGAACCCUGAAUCAAAAAUUUCCCAUACAAAAUUUUCACCACCAAUCUGUAGAAUUCGAGCAAUCUCAACCUAACCAGUUAUUUAGUGAAUCUGUAUAAACCCGAAGGUGUGGGCGGGUAUCCACGAGUCGAUAGUGAUGGCAAUGGGGCGGGGGCGGGUACCUCAGUUCUUGAACGGGUUUAAACCCGAAUCCUAAGUAGAUCUUAAUCUAAUGAACUUAUACGAAAAAAGAACCUCGUUUAUAUGAGCAGUAACUUUAAACAAUUUUCUAGAUACGUAAAUUGAGGACAUAGGUUUAGAAUUUGAAAAAAAAUAAAGAAACAAUGAAUAUAAAUUUUCAUUCCCCCAAACUAUCACGCCAUUUAUUUGUUUUGGAUUUUCCCAAACCUUGAACCAAAUAAAAAGAUUUUCCCACCAAAUCAUGAAUUUAUUAAUUUAUGCAGCUUUGAAAUAGGAAAUGCUAAUUAAAACACAAAGAAAAAAAAGGAAAGGCUUGACCGGAUGGAACACGAUGUCGUACAGGACAAUAGAAUGAGGGUAACUUUACCUUCCUCAUUCGCAUCCUUCAUUCUUCCUCAGAUCCACCCAUUUCCUCACCAUCGUUCCAGUGAAAAGGAUAACGAAACCAUCACGAAAAUCCCAAAUCCUACCCUAAAAAAACGACAAUCCAACGAUGGAGCUCCAAACAGAACCGCGACGGCACCCUGUUUUUAUCCGCCAAAACAAAAUUUCAUUUCUUUGCAACCCUUCCCAUCCCACUGAAACAGAAUAACAUAGUUUCAUUCUCUCUUUCCAUUAAUCGUUUGAUGUUUCUGGGAAAUCUGGUCGAUUUGGGGUCUUCGAAGCUGGCCCACUUUGCCGGCGGCCGAAGGUGUGGCCUUGUCGAUGAGCACGCGGAGCUUCAGAUCUACAAUUUCUGGGAUAUAGGCGCAUGCAUAUCGCAUUAUGAAUCACCCGAAGAAGGUAGGCUUCCGAAUCUCUACACUUCCCUCGCCCCGAUUCGGCUUUGAUUCACUGAAACGACGAUUGGUUCAGGUUCAUGCUCUGGUAGCGAGCAACGAAACGGUGAUUGAAGCUGGGAUCGGAGAUGAGGGAGCUCCACAGCUUGCAGACGGGUUUGUAGAGGAAGGCAGAUCUGGGAUUGGGGAGGGGAAUCAGAAUCUCGACGUGGAGGCCGUCUCCGAGUUUGCUGAUGGCGGAAGGAGGGUUUCCUUCUGAACUGAUUCACCACCAUUUUCUGGGGGCGGGACGGUGGAAGAGCUCGCUUAACGGCAGAUUCCAUUCCGCGUUGCAGUUGUCGGAGACCAUGGCGAUAGACAAACAGACGGAUUGAGGGAAGACAACUAAGUGUAUGUUAGGUGAGGCUCUUAUGCUUUUUCAUAAUGCUCAUCUGGUAAUUUUGUGUGUGAAUAUGGUUGAAAUGUGGCAAUGGAAGUCGAAACUGAGAAUAACAUGUUUUUGUUGACUCGAUAUUUGGUGCUUUAACUGCUGCUUCUAGCCUUGCUCCUGCUUCUUUCCUCGCUACAGUUUAAAAAGUUUCAGUUUGCGGGUUUAGCAAAGAAAUGGACACAGGAUAAUGAAUAUGUGUUUGCAUA